AUCUUUAAUUUAGUCGAUGAAAGAACCUCGGUUCUGUUGACUUGCACCUGUUAUCUAUUUUUUUAAGCAUAUUUUCUUGUCAACUUAUUUACUGUCAAAUUAGUAAUUCAUCUAAAGAUGAAAACUAAGUUCAUAAAACAUAAUAGGAAGGUUAAUAACUUCUAUAAUAAUGAUCAAGAGAUUGGAGAACUCAAGAUGAAGUAUGAUUCUGCGUCGGUUGGAUCAGAAGUCAAAAGAUUUGAGGAUAUGCCUUUGUCCCAAAAGACAUUAAACGGUUUGUUGGAUUCCAAUUAUAUUGAAGCGACAGACAUUCAACGAAAUGGCAUAUUGCCAGCUUUAAUAGGAAAAGAUGUCAUGGGAACUGCGGUAACUGGCAGUGGAAAAACAUUAGCUUUCCUCGUUCCAGUUAUUGAACAUUUAUUCAUUAACAAGUGGUCACGUUCUGAUGGAGUAUGUGCGAUAGUUAUCUCGCCCACACGUGAGCUCGCAUAUCAAAUAUUUGAGACAUUAAAACGAAUCGGUAGAUACCAUGAUUUUUCUGCUGGACUCAUAAUUGGUGGUAAAAACCUGAAGUAUGAACGAAAUAGAAUGGAUCAGUGUAACAUAUUAAUAUGUACACCUGGCAGACUCUUGCAGCAUAUGGAUGAAAAUCCCUUAUUUAAUGCCAGUACCAUGGAACUUUUAGUAUUAGACGAGGCUGACAGGUGCUUGGAUAUGGGAUUUGAGGAAACUCUCAACGCCAUUAUAGAAAACUUUCCAACAGAACGGCAAACUCUAUUAUUUUCCGCUACCCAAACCCACUCUGUGAAGGAUAUUGCACGUCUUAACUUACGUGACCCAAUAUUCAUUGGCAGUAAAAAAGAUAAUUCCAAAGACAUAAUACCGAUUCUUUUGCAACAAAAUUACGUCGUAAUUGAGCUGGCAGACAAAAUUACUGUCUUAUGGUCCUUUAUAAACAACCACCUCAAACAAAAAAUGAUUGUAUUUUUUACCAGUUGUAAACAGGUAAAAUAUGUUUUCGAAAUAUUUUGUAAACUUCGCCCUGGUACCAGCUUGUUAGCACUUUACGGUAGUUUGCAUCAAGAUCGAAGAAUCGCGAUAUAUAAUGAUUUUACUCGCAAAAGCAAUGUUGUACUAUUUGCAACUGAUAUUGCAUCGCGCGGUUUAGAUUUCCCAACAGUAAACUGGGUUGUCCAGAUGGAUUGUCCCGAAGAUGCAGUCCAAUACAUACAUAGAGCUGGAAGGACUGCAAGAAAUAAAGCGCGAGGCGAGAGUCUACUUGUUUUGACACCUUCCGAGGAAUCAGGUAUGAUAAGGGAACUGCGUACGUGUAAUAUACAAAUCCAGAAGAUACACAUUGAUCCGAAAAAACUUUUUUCGCCAAGGCUGAAAAUAGAAGCCGCUUUAGCGCAAAAUACCGAGUUGAAAGCAUCAGCGCAACGUGCCUUCUUAUCGUACAUUAAAUCCGUAUUCCUUAUGAAAAAUAAGAAUGUGUUCAAUGUAUUCAACAUAAAUUUCGAAUCCUUCGCCAUUUCCCUUGGUCUCGCUGUCACUCCACGAGUACGCUUUUUAGAGCGCCUAUCAAAAAAGAAAAAUUCCUCGGUUUCGAACUCAUUAGAUGAGCCAAAUAAUUUUAUGCAAGACGAUUCUGAUAAUGACGAUUUUCUUUCAGUAAAACGAAUUGAUCAUGAUCUUGUAAAUACCGCAAAUGUCCCGAUAGAUCUUCCCAAAAGAACUAAAGUGCUAACAAAAGCUGCGGUAGCAAAGAGGGCUAUAAGAAAAAAAAUUAAAAUAAAUGAGAAAAUGAAUUUUGAUGAUGAGGGUAAUGUAAUAAUAGAUAAAAGAAGGCAACUUCAAUAUGAACUGCCCACUGAUUAUGGAAAAAAUGCUGGAGGAAUAAAUAUUGAGGUUGCAAAACGAAUUUUAUCACAAGAAGAUAAAUAUGAUAAAGAACGGUUUAGAGAACUCGUGAAAUAUCGCCACAAAAAACAGAAGGAUAAGCUGAAAAAACUGGCCGACGAAGAUCCAAAGACCGAUGAUGCUUAUAGUGAAAGCGAUGACAACGUGGAUUUGACCUGGUUACCAGAUCCUGAUAAGAUAUACAUUUCAAAUCCUAAAAGGGCGGAAAAAAGGGAAGCAUCGCAAAUCAAUAUAGACGACCGUGAGGAGCGUACUAUUAAAAAAGUAAAGUUUACCUCAGAACUUUCAUUGAAUGAUGCCGAGUUAAUAGCAGCAAAAAUUUUAUCAUAUAAAGCUUAGGUUUUUGCAUACGAAUUUAAUAAAAAAAGUUUUUG